CCUAAAGACCAUCCAAACCGGGCUCGACAAAUAAAUACAGCCGGAAACAUACUUAAAGAAAGGUUCUCGAAGAUGAGAGCCAGGGCAGACCUGGAAGAGGCUAUUCGAGUGAUAAGACAAGCGAUCAAAGGUACCCCUGAAGACUAUUCAUACCGGGCUCAAUUCUUAAGCAGUCUUAGAAACUAUCUC